AUGGCUGCAACUGGAAACGCGUACGUGUUGGAUCUUUGGACAACAGAUCCACAACAUUACAGUAAUGUAGUGGAGAGAUUUUUCAGUCUGCCUUCGAUGGAAAACAGCAGUGUACUGUUACUGGCAAACAACUCCUCAACUCAACUAGAUACCGUGAAGGUAGCUUUGGACAAACAAGGCUAUCACAGAGUAAUCAAGUUUCAAAAUAAAGAUAAGAUUUCAGUGUUUUACGAUGCGAAAGUUCAUUUGGACAAGCACGGAAUAUCGGUCAUUUCUGUGUUGUGUUCUAACAGGCAUGAACAGUACUGGCGCGUGCUGCUGAAAUGUUUCUUUACAGGUGUUUAUGAAUGGAAUAUUGUUCCAGUUGAUCAACAGGAAGCGGAAGUCAUCACAGAAGAAAAGAUAACACAGGAUAUCAGCUACUUCUUUGGCUCUGUGUUGCCAGCUUUUGGUGACAUCAACACGUUGAAGUCACCUGUUAUUCCAUCGGAUUUGUUCUACCAUGGAUUUACUUGCCGAACUGGUGGACUGUCGCCUCUUCCUGGAAUGAAAUCUUUAAAUCUGACAUUUUCUCUUUCUAAACGCGACCCAAAGGCUUUAGUGACCGAAAAUCGUAAAAAACUGGCAAACCAUAUUGGCUUUGAUCCAGAAGAGUUUCGUUUAGCGAGGACCGUGCACGGAAACCGUAUCCAUGUGGUUGGUGAAGAGGAACCCGAGAGUUAUGACGGAAUUACGACAAAUCGUCAGUCUGUUACUGUAGCCGCUCCCGGCGCAGACUGUGUUACCAUGAUUUUUGCCGAUCCUGUCAAAAGGGCAUGUGCAGCGCUUCAUUCCGGGUGGAUGGGCACUGUGAAACGCGCGUGUGUAGAAGUACUCCACAAAAUGUCUUCAGCAUUUGGAUCUGAUCCAAGUGAAAUCAUUGUUGCUAUGGGUCCUUCCAUUGGCCAGUGCUGCUUCGAAUUUGAUGCAAACCAAACUGGCCAGUUUAAGGACAUAGUUGAAGAGUCCGUUGUGAUUAAGGGUGAUGGAACGAAAGCUUUUAUAAACUUGCAGUUGUGUAAUCGGGUCCUUCUGGAACAGAAUGGCGUAAAGCCCACCAACAUUGAUGAUUAUUCUUGUACAAAAUGCACCAGUUGUAACCGUGAGUUGUUUUUCUCGUACCGACGUGAUGGCAAGCCAUUCGGAAAUCAAGUGGGGUUCAUUGGUAUGAAUAUGUGCUAGCCAAUGAUACGAACGUGACAUCAAUACACAGUGA